GUCAACUUCCAACUGCAAAAGCCAACUGCAAAAGCCAACUGCAAAAGUCAACUGCAUAAGCCAACUGCAAAAGACAACUGCAAAAGCCAACUGCAAAAGCCAACUGCAAAAGUCAACUGCCAACUGCAGAAGCCAACAGCAGAAGCCAACUGCAGAAGCGCAUGCGAAAUGAACCGCAAAUGCAAAAUGGAGUAGGUGUAUACCUCAGGCCCACCGUAGUAAUUAGUUUGAAUCAGUCUUGUUUGUUUGUGCGUUACACGCCCUUUUACCUGACACACUUUGAUGUCUGACGGAGUUCGGCGACUUACUCUAGUGUGAAUACACACAUGGUGUGCAUGUGGUUAGUUAUAGGUACAUUUCCUAUACUUCACAGUUUAUACAACUACAAGUAUUUGUGACGUAGCAAGAGGAAAGCCUGGAAAGGAAUGUGUUUGAUACGUAUACUCCUAUUCAUGCACUCCUGUAUAGAUACACAUCUCUAUAUAAUUACCAUAAUUAGUUCAAUUCUAGAUGUGAAAGAGCGCUUGUUGAUUAUUGCAAAAGUAUCGAAACAAAAAAGCGUGCAACAUCCAUUAAACAAUAUGCUGUCUAGAAGUAUUCUCAGCUGGUUAGUGCUGCUGCUGAGCCUAGCUACUGUUACCAGGAGUGAGCACUAUCACAUUGUGCCAGUGGAUUCAACCGACUUGUGUCAUGACUAUCGAAAUGGAACUUGUUUCACUCUCGAGCAGCUUGUUCAAACAGACCUGUUAUCUAGUGGAGACAAUCUCACCUUGAGCUUUCUACCUGGACAUCAUGUGUUAACUGAGCAGUUAUUGAUUUGUAACUUCUCACAUGUGCAAAUCACCUGCCAGAACACAAGUACAACUGUAGUUGGAUUCCAUAGCAACGGUGCGAUACGUUUUGUUAGUAUUACCAAAUUGAAUAUUGAAUGCUUGGGUUUCGUUGGGCUAAAUGUUGGACCACAAAACUCACAUCAUCAAGGUUUGAUCAUUGAUGGUGCCAAUGAUGUGUACAUUAAAGACUGCUACUUUUCAGACUUUGUAUUACUCAAUCAAGCGGAAAAAUAUCUCGUUAAGAUUACUAAUACUCAAACUGCAACAGUUGAGAGCACUCCCUUUAUGAACAACAUUGGUCGGGCACUGCACGUUGAGGCUGAUGAUGUGUACAUAACAAAUAGUGUGUUCAUUAGAAAUGAUGGAGGUGCAGUUGACAUUGUAUCAAACAACUCUCUGAUCAACAACACAAAGUUCAACUACAACAGUGCUGGGAACGGAGGAGCAGUAGUGAUAUCUGGUACUGUAGUGAUCACUUGGUGUAACUUUACAUUUAACAUAGCUUCUCGAUAUGGUGGAGUGAUUGCUGUUUACUCAGGCAGUAGUGUGUCCAUCUCCAACAGUGAACUGACAAACAACAGUGCUGACUAUGGUGGAGUGAUUAGUGUUUACUCAGGCAGUGUGUCCAUCAACAACACUGACAUUACUAAUAACAUGGCCAGUUUGAACAUAUCGCAAUCAAAUGUAACAUUCACUGGAAUGAAUAUUGUCAGUAAGAAUGAUCGUCCCAUUUAUGCUUUCAAUAGUCGAAUCGAGUUUAAUGGACCUACAACACUGAGUAACAAUCAUGGUAUGUUUGGUGGAGCCAUUAGCUCUGACCAGAGUCAAAUAUAUAUUAACACGAAAGGAGUGAUCAUCACCAACAACACAGCUACCUCUGGAGGAGGGAUAUUUCUGAGAGAGAGUACACUCCUUGUAAAUGAGCCAAUAAAGAUCUAUCACAACACAGCACAGGAUGGUGGGGGGAUUUAUGCAUAUUCCAGUAGAGUUGAGUUCCAAUCAGUGCAGAUGGUAGAUGAAUAUGGUAGGCCACUUCCUCCAAAUAAACAAAGUGGGAUUGCUCACAACAUUGCUGAGAAUAAUGGUGGAGGUAUUAUUGCAGUAUCAUCAACUAUUGAACUUACUCAUUCACACGUCAACAUUGACUCAAACACAGCUAAAGCUAGUGGAGGUGGAGUGUAUCUGCAACAAAGUUCUAAACUGUACCUAUUGAAAAAGGAUGGAGAACAUUAUUGGAGUCAGAAUCGAUAUGUUAAGUUAAUAAUUAACAACAACUUGGCUCAGUACGGAGGAGGAAUAUUUGUGGCAGAUGACACAGAGAGUAGUGCCUGCAAAGGAGGGGCCACAGAAACUGAAACCAUUUUUGCUGACUGCUUCAUUCAAACAAUUAAUCUGUAUGGUCAAAUAUACUCUGAUGUAAACCACUUCAACACAUUCAUGACAAAGAACACAGUUACCCAGUCAGGAGCAGACAUCUAUGGAGGUCUGUUGGACAGGUGUACUGCAAGUCAAAAUGCUGAAUAUCACAUUUCUUCAAACGGAUUGGACUACAUCCAAAAUACUGUCAACUCCUCCAUCGAGCCACUAUCAAUCUCCUCUAGGCCUGUUCAAGUAAUUUUGUGCAACUAUUCACAAUAUGACUAUGGUUCUAUAAAAAAAGGACACACAUUUACAAUCAGUGUUAUGGCUGUUGACCAAGUUGGAAAUCCAAUGAAUGCCACAAUUCGCAGUUCUGUUGUCAGUGGGAGUGGACGUGAUCGUUUCAAAGAAGGACAGGCAAAACAUGAAAUUGGUAAUCAGUGCACAGAAUUAGAGUACAAUGUAUUCUCACAAGACAACUCUGCUCAAGUAGAACUCUAUGCCGAGGGUCCAUGCAACAAUAUGGGAAUUUCAAAACAACUUAUCAAUAUUUCGUUUGAACUCUGCACAUGCCCUAGUGGACUCAAACCAAUUCAGUCCGAUAUUGAGUGCAAGUGUGACUGUGAUCCAGAAUUGCAACAAGGAUAUCAGAUAACAAACUGUUCUGAGGAAAAUGGGACCAUAAAGCUGGAAAGUGAUAACAACAUAUGGAUAAAAGUCAUAAAUACCACCGACGAAACAGGGUAUGUCGUUAGCAACUGUGCAUUUGACUAUUGCGUACAAAAACCAUUCAACAUUAGUCUAAGCAACCCUGACGAACAGUGUGCCUACAAUCGAAGAGGUGUCUUGUGUGGAGAAUGUGAACCAGGACUCAGUCUUGUGUUGGCUACGUCAAACUGUAAAGAAUGCUCUAAUCUUUACCUUCUUCUACUAAUACCAUUUGCCCUGACAGGCAUAUUGCUAGUUGCUUUAAUUCUCAUGCUCAACAUCACUAUAGCAACUGGAAAUAUUCAUGGCCUCAUAUUUUACGCCAACAUAGUAGCUGCUAAUAGAGCAAUUUUCUUUUCUAGUUUAAACAACUUUUUAACAGUUUUCGUAUCAUGGGUGAAUCUUGACUUAGGAAUCGAGACAUGCUUUUACAAUGGAAUGAACUCUCAAGGAAAAGUGCUCCUUCAACUUGUCUUUUCCGCUUACUUGUUUCUUCUAAUGUUUUUUAUUAUCAUUCUAAGCAAAUAUUUUGCAAAGCUCCUCUCCAACAGGAACCCAGUUGCUGCCUUAGGCACACUCAUCCUACUCUCUUACUCCAAACUCUUACGGUUUGUCAUUGCUGCAUUGCAACACAGGGUCUUGGACUAUCCUGAUGGUACAAGUGAUAUAGUUUGGUUGUUUGAUGGCAAUGUACAAUAUUUCGCUCGCGAUCACCUCCCUCGGUUUGUUGCUGCAGCCAUAAUCCUCAUUGCUGGUGUAAUGUUCACUGUACUGCUCUUCUUUGGACAAUGGUUUCCACGCUGUUCCAAGGUUAUGAUAUGGACCAAGAAUACAAAAUACAGUGGCUUCAUGGAUGCAUACCAUGCUCCAUUCACUCCCAAGCAUCGCUACUGGGUGGGACUGCUUCUCUUUGCUUUAAUUAUUCAUAAUCUAGUAGCUGCCGUGGCUGUCGACACUUACCUCCCUAUUCUAUCAGCUGGGGUUCUAUCAGUUGGACUGAUUGUCUGGAAACUACUAAAUAAUCGCUUGUACAAAAGUAAGUUUUGUGAUUCCCUCGAAACUCUCUAUCUAUUCGAUGUUGCUAUUCUAGCGUUUGGCACCUUCUACGUCAAAGAUACAAAUAAAGAUCAGUCAGUACUAGCCAAUACUUCAAUGGCUAUAUCAUUCACCUUAUUUGUGACAACACUCUGCUAUCACUUUUACCAAGUCGUACUCAAGAAGAGCAAUACAUGGCUGAAGAUAGAAGACACCAUAAGAAACUUACGAGCUGGUGCUGCAGACAUGAGACUUCGACGAGCUAACAAUGCUCGGGAAAUGUAUCAGCUGGUAGCCGAUGAAAAUGAUGAAGAUGAAUUACUCGAAGCAGUAGAUGAUUAUGAACAAAGAGACGCCUUGAACCCACCUUACACUGAUGGAGCCGUGGAAGAAGCUGACCCUGAUCGUUACAUCACUCCUCCCAUCAUCAGACCAGCCACGAGGCCGGACCAGCUGAGACUAUCCUACAUGGAUGAUCUAGCCCCUCUCACCACAGAGGACUACAGACCAGCCCCUCCUCCUCUAAGAGUCAACCAUCGUCCUGCUGUUACACACACAGAAAUCGGCCAUAUACGCAAUGAAGUAUAAACUGUUUUAUUUAGCUGAAGUACCUUAUCAUGUAAAUAACAUUUGUAGGGAUUGUUAGUUCCAACAGUUACUGUCGUUAGCACUUGUUUAUGUCACUAUAGUUUAAAGAGAGAUAUGCUUUUUUGUAGAUUCUUGUAGAUUUAUUUUUUGUAGAUAUUUAAUGGUUGUGGUAUAUAUGAAUUGUUUCGAUUCACACAUAAUUAUCUACGCUACCAAUAGAUUACAUUCAUGAGGUCAAUUACCAAAGAGUAAAACCGUACUAUGUAUGUAUAUGAACCUUCCAGAGUUAAUUUCUCACCAUUGCCUGUUCCCUCCAGAAUCUCGAUCCUUGCCACUGCUCCUUGAUAAACUUCUUCAUCAUCAACUUUUCUGUGCUUAUAAAGAGUCCAUGAAAUCUGCUACAAUCACACAGUUCUCAUCUGUCAAUACUAACAGUAUAAUUAUUAACUCUAAAAUAAGUGUUGUCUUAAGAAGUCGACAUGCAUACAAUGGUAUACUGCUGUACGUAUUAUCUAACGUUUGUAGUGCAGUACAGAGUGGAGCAAUUCCCAGAAUCAGGCGACCCUGCAAAGCGGAGCUACACUUGUUUCUU